GGAUAUAGUCCAAUGCCAAUCGAGGAUAAGAUUGCAGUCACAGAGUACUGUAUUAUAUGUAUCAUACAUGCAAUAUAAUUAAUGGCUCAGAAUCCUGCAUCACAAUUUCUGUGUAUCUAUCAUGAUGUCUCAGGGCAGAACCCAUGUAGGUUCUUCUCUGAACAUCAUGAGACAAUUACGUGCAGAAAUGAGUGUAACAAUAUGUGGGUCUACACACAAAACUGGAAUGCAUUUCCUGGACAGAAUUGCAGCUCUUACAAAUGGAUUGCUGCAGUUGGGUCUCAGGCAGGGAGAUGUUGUAGCCAUUGCCGCACUUAACAGUGAUUUGUAUUUGGAGUGGAUGAUGGCUGUGAUGUGUGCUGGAUGUAUAGUGGCUCCCCUGAACUACCGAUGGAGCCCUGAAGAGGCCCUUUUGGCAGCUGGGCAAGUAUGUCCUGUAAUGCUGGUUGUGGAUAGCUUCUGCCUGGAAUGGUCAAAGCGGUUCUUUUAUAAAAUUCCAAGCUUGCAAUUUCAUGUCUUGCUUGGAGAAGAAGAUCCUCAGGAGACACAAUUGAUACAAGGAAUUCCACCAAUCCAAACUAUAGUAUGCAGUAUGCGCCUUUCCAUGCUAUGUUUUUUUAACAAUAAGUGCAGAGGAAUGUGUUUGAACACUGAAUCUCAGCAACUCAAAGACAGUUUAAUUCAGACAUCUGUGAUUAGUGCAGAGUCCAUUGGACUAUAUGCAGGAGGGUUCCAGGACCUCGACUUUCGCUGGGCACCAGAUUCAGUAGCCCUGAUUUGCUUUACAUCAGGUACAACAGAGAAUCCAAAGGGAGUAGCAAUCAGCCAUGAUGCACUGAUUGUUCAGUCACAAGCAAAGAUUGACAUUAUAGGCUACAACCACAAUGAUGUUUAUCUUCACACUUCUCCACUAUGUCAUAUUGGUGGAAUCUCUUCAGCGUUGGCCAUUGUACUGGCAGGAGGAUGCCAUAUUUUUUUACCCAAGUUUGAAGCAGCUUCUGCUAUAUUUGCAAUACAAAGAUACUCUGUAUCAGCAAUGAUCACUGUACCAACUAUGCUUGCUGAUAUAGUUACAUUUUGCAUCAAUUCAAGGAGGAAGAAAAGAGAAUCAACACUAUGCUUUUCAAGUCUAGAGAAGAUACUUAAUGGAGCUGGAAGCCUGUCACCACAACUUAUCAAGAAAGUUACUGAAGUUUUUCCAAGAGCUCAAAUCUUUUCGGCUUAUGGUAUGACAGAGGCCUGCUCCUCAAUGACUUUCAUUCUUGCCUGUGAUCCAAUCAUUCGACAAGGCACUUCUACCAAAAUACAGGAGUAUUCCAUAAAUCCAGCAAAUCAGAAUAAUUUUCAAGAUCACCCAAUAGGAGUUUGUGUGGGAAAGCCUGCUCCUCAUGUGGAAAUACAGAUAGAACAGAGUAAUGAAUGUCUCGAUGCUAAUAACUUAUAUAAUGUGGGGAAUAUAUUGACAAGAGGCCCACAUGUGAUGCUAAAGUAUUGGGGCCAAAAGCAUUCCACCACAGCAGCAUUGAGUGAAAAUAGAUGGCUAAAUACAGGGGAUCUAGGAUGGAUUGAUAAAGAGGGCAGAUUAUGGCUUCUUGGCCGCUCUAAGGACAUGAUUAAAAGUGGUGGAGAAAAUGUUUAUCCUUCCGAGGUGGAGAAGAUCUUAUUACAGCAUCCAGGGAUUUUGGCUGCUGUGGUUGUUGGAAUCCCAGACCCAAGGUUUAUUGAAAUUGUUACUGCAUGCAUCCGGCUAAGGGACGGUUGGCACUGGGAACAUCAGAAUUUCCCAAUGCAAAACAAUGUAGCUAUGAAUGAGCACAAGAAAUUGUCCCCAAUGCUGCUACAAUUAUUUUGUAAACAGCAAGGGCUUUCUGGGUUUAAGUCACCCAGGAUUUUCUUCCCACAGAAAGAGCCAUUUCCAAGAACCACAACUGGAAAAGUGAAGAGAGAUUCAGUGAAGAGAGAAAUUCUUUUGAGACUUCAACCCUGUUCAGAAUUGACAGCAGCUAGAAGCAGCUUGUAGAAUACAAUAUUGGUCUUCAGUUUCAGUUGUAUCUAAUUUUGAUUCAUUAAAAUUGUCUAGAGUCUCCAGAAUUAGAAUCAGAGUUACUGAACUUCCAUUUAAAUUCAUUAGUAGGAAAUACUCUGACAACUGAGGACACCAUUCAAACAGAAGAGCUGGAGAGUCGGAUUAUAACCCAAUCCCUUUAAAUUCUUUGUAGAAUCAAAUAUUGUGGUGCCAUUGAAUAAAGCAAUAUGUGUUCAAAAACUUCUGA